AAACACAACUAUAAAAGGAAACAUCUCCACACUCUUUGCUCCACCCAUCAUCAAAGAGAAUUAAGAGCUUAAGUUAUCCAUUGCUCCACUCUUUGCUUAGACACACAUUCAUACAUGGCGUCGGUAAUCCCCCAAACAAAUCUCGAGGCGGCGGAAACCCUCCCCGACGCCUGGGACUACAAGGGCCGCCCCUCUCUCCGUUCUUCCUCCGGCGGCUGGACCAGCGCCGCCAUGAUUCUCGGUGUUGAGGCCUUCGAGAGGCUGACCACGCUAGGCAUCGCCGUGAACCUCGUCACUUACUUGACCGGCACCAUGCAUUUGGGCAAUGCCGCCGCCGCCAACAACGUCACCAACUUCCUCGGCACCUCCUUCAUGCUCUGCCUUCUUGGUGGCUUCGUCGCCGAUACUUUCCUCGGAAGGUACCUUACCAUCGGCAUCUUCGCCACGGUUCAAGCUACGGGAGUGACGCUUCUGACAAUCUCCACCACAAUCCCGAGCCUCCGGCCGCCGAAAUGCAACCCUAGCAGCGAGGCAUGCAUUCCGGCGACCGGAAAACAGUUCGCGGUGCUCUACCUAGCGCUAUACCUGACGGCCCUCGGCACGGGGGGCCUUAAAUCGAGCGUCUCGGGGUUCGGGUCCGACCAGUUCGACGAGUCGGACGGGAAGGAGAGGAAGCAGAUGAUCAAGUUCUUCAACUGGUUCUUCUUCUUCAUCAACACGGGAUCGCUCGGAGCGGUGACCGUGCUUGUGUAUAUCCAAGACAACGUGGGGAGAGAAUGGGGGUACGGGAUCUGCGCCUGCGCCAUUGUUUUGGGGCUGGUGGUGUUCCUGGCCGGGACCAGGCGCUACCGCUUCAAGAAGCUCGUCGGCAGCCCGCUCACGCAGAUCGCCACCGUCUUCGUGGCCGCAUGGAGAAAGAGACUCCUCGACCUUCCCUCCGACCCCUCGCUGCUCUUCAACGUCGACGACAUUCCUGCCACCACUGCCGCUCAAAUUCAGAGUAAGAAGAAGAGCAAGCAGAUGCUGCCGCACAGCAAGGAAUUCCGUUUCUUGGACAAGGCAGCAAUAAAGGAUACUGAGUCAACAGCCAAAGGCAAAUGGUAUAUUUCGACACUAACAGAUGUAGAAGAAGUGAAGAUGGUAAUAAGAAUGCUACCAACUUGGGCCACAACAAUAAUGUUUUGGACCGUGUAUGCCCAAAUGACAACAUUUUCAGUCUCCCAAGCGACAACCUUGGACCGCCACAUUGGCUCAUUCGAGAUCCCGGCCGCCUCCCUCACCGUGUUCUUCGUGGCCAGCAUCCUCAUCACCGUCCCAAUAUACGACCGCAUAAUCACCCCCAUCUGUCGAAAGCUGUUAAAAAACCCACACGGUCUCACGCCCCUCCAGCGUAUCGCGGUCGGUCUAGUCCUAUCCAUCAUUGCCAUGGUUGCGGCCGCGUUGACCGAAGUCAAGAGGCUUCAUGUAGCCCGGUCGCACGGCCUGACACAUGACAGUGAGGCCACUCUGCCGCUUACAGUCUUCAUCCUAGUCCCACAAUUCCUGCUGGUGGGGGCCGGGGAGGCAUUCACUUACAUCGGUCAACUCGAUUUCUUCCUGAGAGAGUGCCCUAAGGGCAUGAAAACGAUGAGCACGGGCUUGUUCCUAAGUACGUUGUCUCUAGGGUUUUUCUUGAGCUCAACAUUGGUCACCAUUAUCCACAAGGUCACUCUCAACAAGCCAUGGUUAGCUGAUAACCUAAACGAAGGCCGGCUUUACGACUUCUAUUGGCUGUUGACGAUUCUCAGCGUUUUCAAUUUGGCAAUAUUUUUGUUUUGUGCCAAAAGGUACGUGUACAAGGAGAAGAGGAUGGCUGAGCUAGGUAUUGAGUUGGAAGAAGAUGAUGACCUAGUUUGCCAUUGAUAGUUCUUUUUUUUUUUUUUUUGUGAUAAUCAGUUGCAUUUCUACAUGCCAAAAGGGUAGGUUUCCUUUCUUGAAUGCUUUUGUAUAAAAUGGUUUGUGGAAAAGAGUCACAAAGGAAGUGACCUUUUCUUUUUCUUCUUUUUGGGUUGUGAGAGUAGUUAGGUAAUAAGCAUGCAGAAAAGUCAAAUACUAUUUGAUUGCUUUGAAGCCAAUAUAUAUGUAUUUGCAUUCAACUUUUGUA